CCAGUUGCCAUUCUUUCUCUCUCUCUCUCUCGGACCUCCUCAUAGCUAAUAACAGGCCACCGUAAUCACCAACGGCAAAGUAACCUUAACGCCACUCUUCUCCGUCCGAAGCUCAGUGUGAAAAAACCCUAAUAUAUCACCCCUAAAGCUCCCAUCAUUUGUACCAACAACAAAGAAGAAGCUGCGGAACAAAAUGCUUUCCUUCUAAUACACCUCGAAAGAGAUAUAAAACAUGUCCGUUUCCGAGCUAAAAGAGCGUCACGUAGCUGCCUCUGAGACCGUCAACAAUCUUAGGGAGCGAUUGAAGCAGAAGCGCCUUCUCUUGCUCGAUACUGACGUUGCGGGGUACGCUAGGUCGCAGGGGCGAACUCCUAUUACCUUUGGACCCACGGAUCUGGUUUGCUGUAGGACCCUUCAGGGACACACUGGCAAGGUAUACUCAUUGGAUUGGACUACCGAGAGGAAUCGAAUUGUCAGUGCAUCUCAAGAUGGGAGGUUAAUAGUGUGGAAUGCUCUAACAAGCCAGAAGACUCAUGCCAUAAAACUCCCUUGUGCCUGGGUUAUGACAUGUGCUUUCUCUCCAUCUGGUCAAUCUGUUGCCUGUGGAGGUCUUGAUAGUGUAUGCUCGAUAUUUAACCUCAAUUCGCCAACUGAAAGGGAUGGAAAUCUACCAGUAGCUAAAAUGCUUAGUGGACAUAAGGGUUAUGUUUCAUGCUGUCAGUAUGUUCCAGAUGAGGAUACUCACCUAAUUACCAGUUCAGGUGAUCAGACGUGCGUCUUGUGGGAUAUUUCUACGGGCCUCAGAACUUCCGUUUUUGGAGGAGAGUUUCAGUCUGGACACACUGCGGAUGUCCUAAGUGUCUCUAUUAGUGGAUCAAACUCAAGAAUGUUUGUAUCUGGUUCAUGUGAUGCAACUGCUCGUUUAUGGGAUACUCGUGUUGCAAGUCGAGCAGUACGUACUUUUCACGGGCAUGAGGGAGAUGUUAAUACUGUGAAGUUCUUUCCAGAUGGCAAUAGAUUUGGGACUGGCUCCGAUGAUGGAACUUGCAGGUUAUAUGACAUUAGGACUGGGCACCAACUCCAAGUAUACUAUCAGCAGCAUGGUGAUAAUGAGGUCCCAACUGUGACUUCCAUUGCAUUCUCCAUAUCAGGAAGACUCCUCUUUGCUGGUUACUCAAAUGGAGAUUGCUAUGUAUGGGAUACUUUAUUGGCAAAGGUUGUUUUGAACUUGGGAUCUCUCCAGAACUCACAUGAGGGCCGGAUCAGCUGUUUGGGUUUGUCAGCUGAUGGAAGUGCCUUAUGUACAGGAAGUUGGGAUACAAACCUCAAGAUUUGGGCUUUUGGAGGGCAUAGAAGAGUAAUUUGAUUAUCAGAGGAGAAUGCAGUCUAUCAUCUAUCUGCUGAAAACUUAAACCUCAAGCCAACAAUCACAUUUUCUUUGGUGUGUCAUGCUUCCUGAAGAUUCCUCUUGUCAAUAGUUAUGUGAUUUAAAAAACAUUAUCAUGUUAUGCAACUUGUAAUCCUCAUGUGAGGAACUGAAAAGUUAGUACAGAACUUGGAACAGUUAGGAGAAGCCAUUUCUUGGUUUAUCAGCUUUGCAUAGCACUGUGCGUGAAGUAUCUUUUGCCUGAUUAUUGUUCCUAUGUACUUGGCAGUUCUUACAACAUGUAUCUUUAAUUUAAUGAACAAAUUGAGAUUUCUCUAUGCCA